AUGUCCUCCCUUUUCGAAGCCGUCCUUCAAUCCGAGGCGGGAUCAGUUAACAGUGGUAGACAGCCAUCCAGCAGUCGCCCACAUCUACCAUCAGAAAGCAAUGCGCCGAUGAGCGACAUGCAGCCACUUCCAGACGAUGAGGUUGUUGGGGCUGCGAAUGGCGCCGUCAACCGUCUACGAAAUCCAUACGCAACUGCACCGACUCCAGUCCGCGAUCAAACUGGUGACAAGGUGCGACAGGCAUUUGAAAAAUUUCUAGAGACUUUUCAAGAAGAUCCCAUGAACCAAGUUGCUCCUCCACCGUCUUCGGCGCAACAAUACAGUGACAAGUAUUAUAUUCAACAAAUUCACGGCAUGAAGGAACUCCAGCUUUCCACGCUUUACGUCGACUAUAAUCACCUCGCAGCGAGUGAGGACGAUGCCUUGUCCGGAGCUAUUGCAAAUCAAUAUUAUCGCUUCCAGCCUUUCCUCAUUCGAGCUCUACACAACCUCCUUGCCAAAUAUGUGCCGGGGUAUUUCGUCUCCCACCGCCAACCAACCAGCAUCUCGUCCCAGCAAAGCGCGUCGGUUGUAGCAAAUGGCAGCACAAGCGAUGUAUCUCAAGAGGAAAAAGAUAUGAGAUUAAAAACACGUCACCAGCAGACGGAUCGAGUGUUCGCUUUGGCUUUCUACAAUUUGCCUCUAGUGUCUCGACUACGCCAGUUACGAACAUCACAUAUCGGGAAGCUACUCUCGAUUUCGGGGACGGUAACACGGACGUCAGAAAUUCGACCCGAACUUUCGCUCGGAACAUUCAUCUGCGAAGCAUGCCGAACACCCUGUACCAAUAUAGAGCAGACGUUCAAAUAUACUGAACCCUCUCAGUGUCCCAAUCCUACCUGUGGUAAUCGGACGGGUUGGCGCCUUGACAUUGCAAAGAGUACAUUUGUCGAUUGGCAAAAGAUCAAACUUCAGGAGUCCUCACACGAAAUCCCCACGGGAAGUAUGCCACGUACCAUGGAUAUCAUUGUCAGAGGAGAACUGGUCGAUAGAGCCAAGGCUGGUGAGAAAUGUAUUUUCACGGGAACAUUGAUCGUCGUUCCUGACGUUAGUCAACUGGGCUUGCCUGGCGUACGCCCAGAGGCAAAUCGCGACAAUGGAGCUUUCCGUGGCAGCGAUGUCGGUGGUGGAGGUGUUUCUGGUCUCAAGUCUCUAGGUGUCAGAGAUCUCACUUACCGUCUUGCUUUCUUGGCCUGCAUGGUUGCUCCGGAUAUGACAACUCCCGGUCAACCUACAACUCAAAAUCUCACUGGCCAAUCCCAAAACAUCCUGGCAUCAUUGAAUCAGAAUGAACCAAUUGCAGAAGAUGCAGAAUUUGCACAGGAGACCCUCCUACAGACCUUUACUCCGGCAGAGGUGCAGGAAUUGAAGUCUCUUGUCGAGAGUGAACACGUUUACCAGCGCCUUGUCAACUCAAUAGCCCCUAUGAUAUACGGCCAUCAGUCGAUUAAAAAGGGUCUUUUGCUGCAGUUGAUCGGCGGUGUGAGCAAAAGUACCGAACGAGAGGGUAUGCAACUUCGAGGUGAUAUCAAUAUUUGUAUUGUUGGCGAUCCCUCAACCAGUAAAAGUCAAUUUUUGAAAUACAUCUGCUCGCUGCAUCCACGAGCCGUUUAUACCAGUGGUAAAGCUUCGUCUGCGGCAGGUUUGACAGCUUCGGUUGUCAAAGAUCCAGAGACCGGCGAGUUUACCAUUGAGGCGGGUGCUCUCAUGUUGGCUAACGGAGGAGGCAUUUGUGCAAUUGACGAAUUUGAUAAAAUGGAUGUUGCAGACCAGGUUGCUAUCCAUGAAGCCAUGGAACAGCAGACGAUUUCGAUUGCCAAGGCUGGAAUUCACACAACUCUUAAUGCGCGAGCAUCAAUUCUCGCUGCUGCCAAUCCAAUCGGAGGUCGAUACAAUCCUAAGGCCACUCUACGCUCUAAUCUCAAUCUUAGUGCACCUAUCAUGAGUCGAUUCGACUUGUUCUUUGUUGUUAGAGAUGAGCCCAAUGAACAAGUUGACCGCAACCUAGCGACACACAUUGUCAACGUUCAUAUGAACAGAGAUGAAGCCGUGGAACCUGAGAUCAGCACCGAGCUACUUCAACGUUAUAUCCGGCUGGCACGAACUUUCAAGCCUGUAUUCACAGAGGAGGCGAAGGUGGUACUAGUAGAGAAAUACAAAGAGCUUCGAGCAAACGAUGCACAGGGAGGCAUUGGCAGAUCCUCUUACCGUAUUACCGUCCGUCAGCUAGAGUCUCUGAUCCGUUUGUCGGAGGCAGUAGCCAGAGCCAACUGUGUCGAAGAGAUACUGCCGAGAUUCGUCCGUGAAGCAUACAACCUUCUCCGACAGAGUAUCGUCACCGUUGAGAAAGACGAUGUCGAAGUUGAAGAGGACGAAGACAACGAGACAUCUGCACAGCGCCAAGAUCACGACGCAGACGAGAUGAUGGAUGAUUCCCGUGACCGCGACGGUGACAGCCCAAUGGCUGAUGACGCGGAAGCAGCGGCACCUGAAUUAGCUCGGCCUCGGACGACCAAGAUUACCUAUGAGAAGUACACAAAGACCCUCAACCUCCUCGUUCGACGCGUCAUGGAAGACGAAGCCGCAUCCGGUAACGGCGUCGAGCAAGAGGAGCUCUUGACCUGGUACCUAGAACAAAUCGAGUCCGAGCUAGAGAGUAAUGAAGAUUUACAACGAGAGCGUAGUCUGGCAAGGAAAGUGCUCAAACGCAUGAUCAAGGAUAACAUCCUCAUGCCCAUCAGCGGCCAAGGCCUCAUGGACGAAACGCAAGGUGAGCAACAAGACGAAGAUGCUACGCAGCCACAACUCGUAUAUGUAUUACAUCCCAACUGCGCAAUUGAAGAUAUAGAUUUGGAUUAAUCAUAGUCUACUGGAUUGAAUAUUGUUUGAUUGAUGAUGGGCGAUACGGGUUUUGUUAUGGCUUUGUUCUCAGGAGGGGCCUUCGGUUGCAUUUCCAUUUAGGGUUUGUUUGCAUGGUUGUGAUGUAUGAAAA